AUGGAAACCUUUCAAAUAUACAGACAAAUCCACACUGGCAAGAAACCUUAUGAAUGUAAAGAAUGUGAAAAAGCAUUUAUGUGUUACUCAAACCUUAGUCGACAUCAGCGCAUUCACACUGGGGAGAGGCCUUAUAAAUGUACAGAGUGUGGCAAAGCCUUUAUUCAGAAGUCAUGUCUUACUGAUCACCAGAGAAUUCAUACUGGAGAGAAACCUUAUAAAUGUAAAGAAUGCAGAAAAGCCUUCAGUCGCUGCUCAACUCUUACUCAACACCAGCGAAUUCAUACUGGAGAGAAGCCUUAUAAAUGUAAAGAAUGUGGAAAAGCCUUCAGUUACUACUCAGCUCUUCAGGAACACCAGCGAAUUCAUUCUGGAGAGAAGCCUUAUAAAUGUAAAGAAUGUAGAAAAGCCUUCAGUCGCUGCUCAACUCUUACUCAACACCAGCGAAUUCAUACUGGAGAGAAGCCUUAUAAAUGCAAAGAUUGUGGAAAAGCCUUCAGUUACUACUCAGCUCUUACUCAACACCAGAGAAUUCAUACUGGGGAGAGGCCUUAUAAAUGUAAGGAUUGUGGCAAAGACUUUAGCAGGCACUCAGGUCUAACUUACCAUCAGAGAAUUCAUACUGGAGAGAAACCUUAGAAAUGUAAAGAAUGUGGAAAAGCCUUCAAAGCACUCACGUCUUACUCACCAUCAGAGAAUUCAUACUGUAGAGAAACCUUAGAAAUGUAA